CUGACACACAGUACUAACAAACAUAACCUUCGCGCGUCAAAUUCCCGUAUGUUUUUGUAGCAGUAAAACUGGACGACCGACGACGUUUUGCUGUUCUGUCACUUGCUGCCAGCUGUGAUUAGUUUGUAACGCAUUAGCUAUUCGACAUUAUGGAGGAUCAAGAUAUUCCAAUUGAUAUAAACAGUGGCAAAUUACUUGAAUGGCUUGUCAGCAGGAGACAUUGCAAAAAAGAUUGGGCAACCCAUAUUUUAAAAAUAAGGGAGAAAAUAAACAAUGCUAUUCAAGACAUGCCGGAGCAUAAAGAUAUAACAAAGCUGCUGUCAGGAACAUUUAUAAAUUACUUUCACUGUAAAAAAAUUGUGGAAAUAUUAAAAGAGACAGAGGCAGAUACAAAAAAUCUUUUUGGUCGGUAUGGAUCACAAAGAAUGAAAGACUGGCAAGAGAUUAUUCGCAUGUAUGAAAAGGAUAAUUUGUACCUUGCAGAGGCUGCUUCUAUGCUUAUUAGGAAUGUUAGUUAUGAAAUACCCGGAUUCAAAAAACAAAUACAAAAAUUAGAACAAAUGAAAGUUGACUUUGAAAAAAAAGAAACAGAGUACAAAAAAUCAGAACAUUUUCUACAAUCUGAAUUCAAUAAUUUAUGCAAACAGUUGGGAAUCUCAGGAGUUAAAAUCAAAAAAGAGUUGGCUGAAAGAAUAAUUGAUCUACCUCUUUAUUAUGACAAGAUUAUAAAACAACUUAAUGGAAUAGAAAAUGUUGUUGAAUUUUAUAAUGCUUUUGUACAGUUUACUCAUGGCAUGCCUCGCAAUGAAGGAUGUGUGCCAUUGUUGAAAUAUUUAAUAGAAAAAGGAAAUACUACAACAUAUGAAUAUACAUAUGGAGAAGCGCCAAUAACUAUUACUGAGCCUAAUUAUCAUAUUGAUGUAGAAGAUGAGGAUGAAAAUAAUGAAAAUAAUGAAAUUGAUUUUGGUUGCCCAGCUGUUGAAGGAAUAGAUUUUAACAAUAUUGAUUUAGAUGGUGGAGAAAUUGAUUUUGGAGGUGACAUUCAGUUAGAAGAUGGAGGUGAAAUUGAUUGGGGUGGAGUAGCAGAUGAUUCUGUUCCAGCAGAAGAAGCAAUAGAUUUUAAUAUUUCUCUGGAAGAAUCUGGUAUUGUUGUUGAAUCAGUUGGAACUGAUGGUGGACACGCAACAGGAACACAGGCACUGUCAGUUUUAGAUAAUCCAGAAACACGAAACGAAUUUAUUAAUCAACUUUAUGAGCUGGAAGCAUUUUUAAAAAUGCGCUUGUAUGAAUUCAAAAGUGAAAAUAAUAAGAAUACUUUGAAUAUGACACAAAUGCAAGAUGCAUCUCUUCAGCACACUACUGUGGAUACAACACAAAGUAUGUUGGACAGCGUACAAGUUAUUCUUUCUGAAGCACUGGAUACAAAGCUGAAACACUUGCACAGCAUUAAACAUUCACCCAGAUACGUUGAUAUAUUAGCAUCUAGUUUAAAACAGAAACAAAAAAUGAUCAAGAAAAUGCAAGACUUGGCGCAAUCAAUGAGAAAUAAACAAGAAGAAACACUUUCUCAAGCUGAUGCACUUAGACCUAUACUAAAAUUAGUUGUACAGAAAACGAAAGAAUUACAAAGUGAAAUUGAAAACGAUAUUUCCAAGAAAUACAAAAAUAGAGAAGUACUUUUAACUGGUAUCAUCAACACAUUGUAACGAAUGAUGGGUUAAAUCGGUAAAUUUUCGGUGAACCGGCGAUAAAUUUUAUUAUUUUGUACAUAAACACUAUCUAAAUUAUCAACUAUCACUGUUUUAAAGUUAUAAUAAUACAUUUAUACUUUUACUAAACAUAAAUAAUGAUAAAACGAUU